UCUCUGAAACAAACAAGCACUCGCUUGUUAGUACAUAGUAUCAAUGAUGAGGUCUCACUCUUGCAUAUUACCCGACCACCUUGUUGAUGUUAAAUGCUUUCUCCAAAGACUAUAUUCUGAGAGAGUGAUUCCUCGCGUCAAGGUGUCUCGCACUCCAACAGCUCAAGGAGUUGUCUGCUACCCGAACGUCACGGCUACUCGGCGGGUUGCCUCCUUCCAGCAGAGCCGGCGAUCUUUCCGGGGCUGCUACAGUCCUCCGCUGUCUCUUGGACCCAACGUUUGUCUGUCAGCCCCGUUAGAACGUGCGCCUGGGCCUCUGUUUUCUCUCAACGCCGUCAGCCGCUGCUAGCGGGGCGUUAGCCGGGCUGGCGCUAGCAUGGCUGAUAGAAAACUCAACCUAGUGGCGGAGGACCGGACAGCGAGGCUUGGGCACGAUGAAAUAGCGCAGCCGUGACAUCGCGGAGGUGCUAAUGCUAAAGUGCAAGUGACCAGGUGGUGACGUGGCCAGGUACUGCUCGUUGGAGAGGGGUCUCAUUGCUGACAUUACGCCCCUGGUUACACUACGCCACUAUGCCUUUGUCAGUGAACCACAAGCUGAAGUACAUAAGUCUGGCAGUGCUGGUGGUCCAGAAUGCGUCGCUUAUCCUCAGCAUCCAAUACGUGCGCACAUUGCCAGGCGAGGGCUUCCUGGCCACGUCAGCCGUGGUCAUGGCGGAGGUCCUCAAGGUGUUGGCGUGUCUCCUCAUUGUCCUGUUGCAGAAGAGAUUCAACGUAAAGGAGACGUUGUUGUUCCUGGUGGACACCAUCUUCUUUCAAUACAGGGACACGCUGAAGCUGUCUGUUCCAUCUCUCAUCUACACGCUACAAAACAACCUGCAAUACAUUGCCAUCUCCAACCUGCCUGCUGCCACCUACCAGGUGACGUACCAACUGAAGAUCCUUACCACAGCGCUCUUCAGUGUGUUGAUGCUGAAGAAGACUCUGUCCAAAGUGCAGUGGUUUUCACUACUGCUGCUCUUCGUUGGUGUCGCAAUUGUGCAGGUCCAGCAGGGGGCCAGCAAGGAGACGGACAAAGCUAAUCAGAACUAUGUGGUAGGCCUGAUGGCCGUGGUCAUCAGCUGCCUGUCGUCGGGAUUCGCCGGCGUCUACUUUGAGAAGAUCCUGAAGGGGAGCUCGGCGUCUGUGUGGGUGCGCAACGUGCAGCUGGGCAUCUUCGGCACUACGCUGGGCACGUUGGCGAUGUGCUGGAACGACGGUGCCGCCGUAGCUCACCGCGGCCUCUUCUCGGGCUACACCUCCAUGGUGUGGUGCGUCAUCCUCAACCAGGCGUUUGGCGGCCUCCUGGUGGCCGUGGUGGUGAAGUACGCCGACAACAUCCUGAAAGGCUUCGCCACCUCCUUCUCCAUCAUCAUCUCCACCAUCAUGUCCAUCUACCUGUUUGCUUUCCACGUGGACCCACUCUUUGCCGCCGGUGCUGGGCUAGUCAUCAGCGCCGUCUACAUGUACAGCCUCCCUAAAUCGUCAUCCAACCUCACUUCAACUUUCCCGACGUUGAGAACUGAGGAAGUCGCCAAGGUGGAGACCUUUCAGACAAAGCACCAAGCGCUCGCCAAGGAUCGAUCGCUUGAUGUUUGAUCGGCUCGUUGGACUGAAUAAAGAAAAAUGUGCCGUCCUGUGUCGGCGGACCGAGAGUGGCCCGCCUGCGAACUUGAGACUGGUGCUUCUUCUCGUCUGAACGCAGCCAUACAACCUUUGAGUCACGUGAUUUGUGGCCGCAGCAUCCGCGAACGUCAAGUCAUCGCCGGCCGACCUCAUGAAAUACUCAGAUUUGUGCCCUAAUAUUGAUUGGCGGCCAGUCAUUUGUUUAGAAUGUGCCCUGACAUUCCCUGGCAACUUUUGUCUAUGUACCAGCAACCAGUCCACCGUUUGUAUCUACCAAGAUUGGCAACCAGUCCAAGGUCAGCUGCGAGAGUCUCCAGCUCACACAUGACUCAAAUGAAUACCUCAAAAAAUGAAUCCAUUGAUAGA